AAUCUCAGCCGUUGAUCUACGCUGUAUAAUUAAGCAGGACUCCGUAAAAGUGCCUCCUCUGUGACUUCUGCUCCGUCGCUCAGAUAGGGAUCUCAACGCAUCACAAACCCUAAUUUCGAGACUCGAUCAGAAAAUGGCUUACGCUUCUCGUUUCCUCUCCAGAUCCAAGCAGGUACAGGGGAGUCUUGUCAUUUUGCAGCAGCACCAUGCUAUUCCAGUCCGCUCCUUUGCUAAGGAAGCUGCUCGUCCAACAUUUAAAGGAGAUGAGAUGUUGAAGGGUGUCUUCACGGAGAUCAAGAACAAAUUUCAGGCUGCAGUUGAUGUUCUCCGUAAGGAAAAAAUCACCCUUGAUCCAGAGGACCCGGCUGCGGUAAAACAUUAUGCAAAUGUCAUGAAGACCAUCAGGCAAAAGGCAGACAUGUUCUCUGAAUCUCAACGCAUUAAAUAUGAUAUUGAGACCGAGACUAAAGAGAUCCCAGAUGCUCGUGCAUAUCUAUUGAAGUUGAAGGAUAUCCGCACCAGGAGGGGACUUACUGAUGAGCUUGGUGCUGAGGCCAUGAUGUUCGAGGCAUUGGAGAAAGUUGAAAAGGAUAUAAAGAAGCCUCUCAUGAGAAGCGACAAGAAAGGAAUGGAUCUUUUGGUUGCAGAAUUCGAGAAAGGCAACAAAAAGCUUGGGAUUAGGAAAGAAGAUCUUCCUAAAUACGAGGAAAAUUUGGAGCUCAGCAUUGCCAAAGCACAGUUGGAUGAGCUGAAGAGUGAUGCUCUUGAAGCAAUGGAGUCUCAGAAAAAGAAGGAGGAAUUCAAGGAUGAGGAAAUGCCUGACGUGAAGUCGUUGGACAUCCGUAAUUUCAUCUAAGGUUUGAUCCUCGGAAAACAUUUGAUUUGUUGUAAGAAAGGCAGAAGAAAGAUCUCUCUCCCUCAUGUCAUUUGUCUUUGAAAGGGAAGAUCAUUUGUUCCCUUUUUGCUCUUUUUGGUUUGGCGAUUAAUAAGGUCUCACCAUGGAUUGGAAAUUUACCAAAUGUGGUCUAACUUUUUCUCUCUGGUUAUUACGCUCGAGUUUCUUAGACACAAACAAACGUGGUUUCAUGUUUCUGAUAAUGGUGAUAAAUGAAAUUUCAGAUGUUUUAAAUAAAAA